GCAAAGCCGAAGGGCGGCUGAGGUAACUGGCCUGCGGCCGUGGCCCGGCAAAGACGCCCCGGACCAACUGAAACGGGCCGUGUAGGACCUCUUCACGAGAGAAUCGGCCUGCGCCACGCUCUGUCUGUGGAAAUCUGAGUGGAAACUGAGGCCGGAGUGCUUCGUGGAGGCAGCAAAGGAAGGGCACAGCCUGGAGAAGUGAUUCCCAAAAGAUCCAGGCUAAGACUGAGGCCGGAGCUGGCAACGGGGUGAUAGAAAUGAAGCCAACAGGUACAGAUCCAAGGAUCCUAUCUCUAGCUGCUGAAGUUGCAAAUAGUCCUGAACAGAAUGUCCCUGUUGUAUUGUUGAAGUUAAAAGAGAUAAUAAACACACCUUUAGGAAGCUCCGAGUUGAAGAAAGUUAAACAAGACAUAUAUUGUUAUGAUCUUGUUCAAUAUUGCCUCUUGGUUCUCAGUCAAGAUUGUUCUAGAAUCCAGGGUGGUUGGACUACCAUUUCCCAACUUACACAGAUAUUAAGCCAUUGCUGUGUGGGCUUAGAACCAGGGGAAGAUUCAGAAGAAUUCUACAAGGAAUUACUUCCAUCCGCUGCAGAAAUUUUUCUAGUUUUGGGAAGACAGUUGCAAACAUAUUUUGUCAAUGCAACUAAGGGUGAAGAAAAAGGUGAACUACUGCAUUUUUUCCAAAUUGUGACUGAUUCUCUCUUUUGGCUAUUGGGAGGCCAUGUUCAACUCAUACAGAAUGUGCUACAAAGUGGUCAUUUCUUACACUUAAUGCAAACCGACAAUGUUCAAAUAGGAUCUACAGUCAUGAGUCUACUAGAGAAUAUACUACGGAUUAAUAGUGGUGAUUUACUCAAAAUAGGAGGAAAAACACUGCAUUCCAUUUUAGAUGAACUUAUUUUCAAGCUUUUAUCAACUCCUAGUCCAGUCAUAAGAAAUACUGCUGCAAAGCUCCUACUGUUGAUGGCUGAAUCUCAUCAGGAAAUUUUGAUUUUACUGCGAAUAAGUUCCUGCCACAAAGAACUUAUAAAUCUAUUAAAUAAACAAGAAAGCAGGACAGAAUUUAAUCAAGAGCUUAGACAGCUCAUUGGACUUUUAAGCCCUAAAGUCUAUCAGGAAAUAGAAGAGCAGAAAGUACAUCAUGCAGCUUGUUUGAUUCAAGCUUAUUGGAAGGGUUUCCAGACUAGAAAGAGAUUAAAGAAGCUUCCAUCUGCUGUGGUUGCUUUGCAGAGGAGUUUCAGAGCUAAACGAACAAAGAUGUUAUUAAAAGUGAAUAGGCAGAGGGAAGAAGAAGACCUCAGAUUAAGAAUGCAGCUUCAAAGACAGAGAGCUAUGAGACUUUCCCGAGAAUUACGACUGAAUAUGCUUGAAAUAGUUCAUCCAGGUCAAGUGGAGAAGUUCAAUAAGGAACUUGAAGAGAAGUCAGCACUUAUUAUCCAGAAACACUGGAGGGGAUACAGAGAAAGGAAGAAUUUUCUUCAGCAGAGGCCAUCUCUUAGAGAGUAUAAAGCAGCUGUUACACUUCAAAGAGCAGUUCUUAGAUUCCUAGCAAAGCGUCGUAAGCAAAGGAAACUAUUUGCUUCCUGGAACAGACUCCAAGAACUCCCUGAUGCACGCAGAGUGGAAUUAAAGCAACAAGUGGAUGACUAUGUCAGAAGACAUCCAGCUUCUCAGAUGUCAGAGGUAGCCAGCAGAGAGCUGCAUGCUCAAGCUCAAGAACGACUGCAGCAUUAUUUUAUGGGGAGAGUCAUAGAAGAAAGAUCCCAGCAGCACCGAGAUGCUCUUAUGGCUCAGAUCAGCACCAAUAUUGAACAGUUGAUGAAGGCACCAAAUCUGAAGGAGGCAGAAGGGAAAGAACCCGAGCAUUUCCUAAGCAGGUCUGGGCCAGUAGCAGCCAAGGCCAAGCAGGCCCAUUUCAACACACUGAAGCACAUACAAGCACCCUGGUGGAAGAAGCUUGAGGAAGAACUAGGCGAUGAGAUUGAUAUUCAACAGGAUGAGCUUAGCAUAGAAUUAGGAGCUUUAUUCACUGGUGGGACCAAACCCCCCUAGAAGUUAACAUGAAAACUGACACAAGUCCUGUAUUUCACGAAAUUUUGUUGAUACUACCUCUGGCCCGCUGCUAGAUGAGGGUUAUCCUAACUCACUUUUUGCCAAAGGAUUCUACCCAAACAAAAGUUGUAGGCACUAGGUAACAAGUUAUCUACCUCUCUCAAUUUUCUUAUUAUUCCAGACCCCUAUUUCUAGUCUCAUAAAUGGACUUGUAUAGCUUUUACUGUUGGACUAAAUUCAGCAUAGAAUUCUAUUGUUGAUGUGAAAUGGGAAAUUUCUUUUCAUUUGUUUUCCAACUAAAGGUUUUUUUCUAAAUAAA